AUGGGGAGUACAACCCUCCGACCGUCCCGCAAGGACACCAUCUUGAGCCGCCGGUACAUUGAAGGUCAGAUUGCAGAGGGCAAACAUGUGGUCAUUUUCGAGGGCCGGGUCCUCAAAGUGGACGCGUAUAUGAAGUUCCACCCAGGUGGUGAGAAGCCGAUGAAGCAUAUGGUAGGCCGAGAUGCAACCGAUGAGAUCAAUGCACUGCACUCAAGGGAGGCUCGUGAGAUCAUGCUGGCUUAUCAGAUUGGUCGCAUUGAAGGCACCUGGACCAAUUUCCUUCCCCCCAUUCAAGGCGGCAAGUUUCGCCCGUACCACGAAGAUACCUGCUCGAGUGAGGACAACUCGUCGCUUCACGAUAGUGCCAGCUCGGGUGCCUCCACACCACCAUCGCCGAUAUUCGAGGCGAUUGAGUCCAACGGCACAACCCAUCGAAAAGCGGGGGCAGAUAGCUCCGGGGUGUCAACGCCUCCGAACGAAGACGCUGCGCCCCGGCCACAUUUCCUGGAUGCACGCACCCGAGACGAGAUUGUCUUCGACACUGUCAAAUAUCCAUCCCUGGAUGCUGCCAGUCAAGAGAGCAUCAAGCAGAAGUACCGGGACUUGAAUGAGCGAAUGCUCGCCGAAGGGCUCUUCAACUGCAACUACACUGCCUACUUGGUCGAGUGCUGUCGCUACACCCUUUUCGCGGCUCUGUCGUAUUGGUUUCUUCAAUUGGGGUGGUGGGGAACGUCUGGGUUCUGGCUUGGCUGUCUCUGGCACCAAUUGGUGUUUACUGCCCACGAUGCUGGCCACAUGGGCAUUACCCACAAUUUCCACGUCGACACGAUCAUCGGGAUUAUCAUCGCCGAUUACAUUGGUGGACUGAGUCUGGGUUGGUGGAAGCGGAGCCACAACGUGCACCACAUCGUGACCAACGAGCCCGAGCACGACCCGGAUAUUGAGCACAUGCCCUUUUUCGCAAUCUCUCACCGGUUCUUCGACAGCCUUCAGAGCACCUACUACGACCGCAACAUGACUUUUGACGCCUUUUCCAGAUUUAUGCUCAAGAUCCAAAACUACUCCUAUUAUCCAAUCAUGAUGCUCGCCCGGUUCAAUCUCUACCGUCUGAGUUGGGAAUAUCUGCUCAAGCGCCAGGCGCCCAGGAAAGGCCCAGCUCGGUGGCACGUGUGGGUGGAGUAUGGCGGGCAGCUGUUCUUCUGGUACUGGUAUUGCUACCUCGUGGUGUACAAGACUAUUCCAGACUGGAGCAGUCGACUGACCUUCAUCCUGGUCUCUCAUGUCGUCUCGUCCCCUCUUCACGUUCAAAUCACCCUGUCCCACUUCGCCAUGUCAACGGCGGACCUCGGCAUCAACGAAUCAUUUGCGCAAAAGAUGCUGCGCACGACGAUGGAUGUUGACUGCCCCACCUGGCUGGACUUUUUCCACGGUGGAUUGCAGUUUCAGGCGAUCCACCACCUUUACCCACGCAUGCCUCGCCACAAUCUGCGCCGAGCGCAGAAAUACGUCGCUGAAUUUUGUCGCGACACUGGUAUUCCCUAUGCUCUCUUCACCUUUUACGAUGGGAAUAAGCAAGUCGUGGGCCGGCUUGGCGACGUGGCAAAACAACUGCGCAUCCUCGAAGAAUGCCGCAAGUCUAUCGCGAAGGAGGGCGUAUUCGCGCAUCCCCACUGA